CAAAAACACAAUUAGUUCCGAUUUCCAAAUACCUUCUCAUUUUCCUUGAUUUUGUAGUCCCUAACCGAAGCAGCAUGAUGUCCUUCCUUCACAAAUGCUAAAUCCGUAUCCCUAACCGCCGGCUCUUUCCUGCUUCCCCACGGCUCGUCGGCGUCUGCUCCUCUUCCCAGUCUUCUGCUCGUAGGGCUUAUCCGGGAGAAGCUUUUCGAAAAAAGAAAAGAAAAUGGCUUCUCUCUUCAAGGAUCUGAGCAAGAUAUCAGCCUAUAGAGAUAGAAGGUUCCAGGGUUCACAGGAAGAGUUUGACGAAGCUCUGCUGAAAUCUACUACUGUCUAUGUGGGCAAUAUGUCCUUCUAUACAACUGAAGAGCAAGUUUACGAGUUGUUCUCACGCACCGGAGAACUUAAAAAGAUAAUCAUGGGUCUUGACAAAAAUAGCAGAACUCCAUGUGGUUUCUGCUUUGUAAUGUACUACUCUAGAGAAGAUACUGAAGAUUCAGUUAAAUAUAUAAGUGGGACAAUACUUGAUGAUCGUCCUAUUCGUGUAGAUUUUGAUUGGGGUUUCCAGGAAGGUAGACAGUGGGGACGCGGUAGAAGUGGAGGACAGGUUCGUGACGAAUAUCGCACUGACUAUGAUCCAGGUAGGGGUGGUUAUGGAAAGUUGGUGCAGAAGGAGUUGGAGUCUCAAAGAGAACUGGUGGAUUAUGGAACUGGAUCAUUGGGAAAUUUCCCACCUGUAAUGCCAUCACAAUAUGGUCGGCAUGGUGGGCAUCAAGGUCAUGGAGGUUCUAAUCGGCAUGGCAGAGAUUACCACCGCAAGCGGAAUCGAGAUGAUGACCGUCCUAGACUCGAUUACUCAAAGAGAGUUUACCGUCGUGAACCUACAAAAGAUUCCGACCAGGAAGCUCGACCGGAAAAGAAUCCACGGUUCCGUGAGAGUGGUGACUCAGAUGAGGAGGAUGACGAUGAUAGGAAGCGGUCCCAUUAGAUAUCUCUGUAGUUCACUUCAGAAACUCUUUACACUGGAAAAAGGAAUGACCAGUCUUGUUGUUCCCUUUUCAAGUUCACUUUUCUUUCCUAUAUCCAUUGUGCUUGAUUUGUCACCUAAGUAGCAUUUCUAGGCUUAUUGGUUUGCAUUAGACUUUCCAAAAGAAGAAACUAGUCUCUACUAAAAUUCAGAAUGUGUAUGAUCUCCAUGGAUGCUGUAGAAGUGGCCCCAUUGCUGGCUUUGUAAUUUCAUAUUCCAGUCUUCCAAUUGAUCUAUUAUUAUAAAGAGGUCAAGUGAAAUAUUUAAUG